CCGUCCUCUGCUCACUCCAAGGAAACAAAUUCCACUGUCUUUCUCUUUCCCUCCCUUCCCUUCCCACUUGCUUUUCUUGGAAGUGAAAGGAAAGGAGAAGAAAAUGAAGCAGGGAACAUGGCCUGCUCGAUCGGGCUUAUCUCGUUUCAAAGCCCUACCAUUGGUAAACUUUCAAUCCACCACUCGCCGCUCCAAAGUCCUUUCUAAAUCAUCAAGAUCACCGCCUUUAAUCGACGCUCCUGAUUUCUCGGCGCUUCCGUUCGAUAUUUUAACCAAAAUUGCGGCCUCCUUCACUCUUCCAAAUCUCCAAGCGGUGUCUCUGGUUUGUCGCUCAUGGAGGGACGCGCUUCGGCCUUUGAGAGAGGCGAUGGUGCUUCUUCGAUGGGGCAAGCGGUUCAAGCACGGCCGAGGUGGCGUGCGUCCUAAUUUGGAGAAGGCUCUUGACUCGUUUUUGAAAGGCGCUGCUCGUGGGUCUACUCUGGCUAUGGUUGAUGCUGGACUUGUUUAUUGGGAAAUGGGCUGGAGAGAGAAGGCUAUUGCCUUGUAUCAUAAAGCUGCCGAGCUUGGCGAUCCUGCUGGACAGUGUAAUUUGGGAAUUUCUUACUUGCAAGCUGAACCUCCUAGGCCAAAGGAAGCCAUAAAAUGGUUAUUUCAAGCUUCCAUUGCUGGGCAUGUUCGAGCUCAAUACCAACUUGCUCUUUGUCUGCAUCAAGGUCGUGGGGUGGAUCAUAAUCUUCAGGAGGCCGCUAAAUGGUAUCUAAAGGCAGCUGCAGGUGGGUAUGUACGUGCAAUGUACAAUGUUGCACUCUGUUACUCGAUAGGGGAAGGAUUGUCUCAGAAUCGUCGACAAGCAAGGAAAUGGAUGAAGCGAGCUGCUGAUUGUGGCCACAGUAAAGCACAAUUUGAGCAUGGACUUGGUCUCUUCUCCGAUGGUGAGAUGAUGAAAGCUGUAGUUUACUUGGAACUUGCUACUCGUUCUGGUGAAACAGCAGCUGCUCAUGUCAAGGAUGUAAUUCUCCAACAACUUUCAGCGCCUUCACGUGAUCGUGCUAUGCUUCUUGCUAACAACUGGCGUGCUUUGCCUUCACCUCAUUGAGUUUAUCAAAGUCAUAGGAUUAUCAUGUGGUACUACAUUUGCAGUGGAUAAUUAACUUCGGGAAUCUGAAGUCAAUCAUUUUAAAGGCUUGAAAUUUGCUAGAGUUGUCACAAAUCCAUUUAAAUGAGCAUGCAAUCUUCUCUUACUAUCUGGCUGCCAUGACCUUACCACAUUUUUUGAUCCUCUGUCAAUUAUUAAUAUAGAAUAUUCUCAUGAUCUACGCUGAUAAUUUGAGCCUCUUAUUAAUCUCUUGUUGGUGCACUAAAAUUUCCUUACCUUCAUGUUCCCAAGAAAGUGCAAUAUCCAGUUGUGGGAGAGCAAUUGUGCAGUGUCAUGUUUUCUGGUCUUUUUGGUGCUGUUUUGCUGCGUCAUACAACAUUUAAUAUGGAUGAAGGCUACAACAGCAGUGUAAAAGGUUCCAAAUAUGGUGUAUGGUGGUGCUCUUUGAUAAUUCUAGUUAAAUGCAAUGUGUUUUGCUAUUAAGUUACGCGUGGAAGGGGUUUUGCAAUGUAUUGUCAAUCGUGUUGCUAGGAAUCACAACAAAGUUGGAUGGGAGAAGAGUCGGUGUUGGUCUAACUUUGAUGUAAAGUACAACAUAUUGUACAGUUUUGGAUGAAUCUAUCUAUGAAAAUGUUAAGCUUUAUUGCAA